AUGACAUAUCUAAGCCUCACUCCCUUCUUCUCUUCUCUCUUUUCUUUUUCACAGGAGAUCGCAGCUUACUUGAUAACAUUUGAAAAGCAUGAAGAAUGGCUAACGACAUCCCCUAAAACAAGGCCGCAGAAUGGGUCGAUGAUAUUGUACAACAGGAAGAAGGUGAAGUACAGAAAGGAUGGCUACUGCUGGAAGAAGAGGAAAGACGGGAAGACCACACGGGAGGAUCACAUGAAGUUGAAAGUGCAAGGAGUCGAGUGUCUGUAUGGCUGCUACGUCCACUCCUCCAUCAUCCCCACCUUCCACCGCAGGUGCUACUGGCUGCUCCAGAACCCUGAUAUCGUGCUCGUCCACUAUUUGAAUGUUCCAGCCAUUGAGGAUUGUGGGAAACCAUGUGGUCCGAUCCUGUGCUCCAUCAAUACAGACAAGAAGGAGUGGGCCAAAUGGACGAAGGAGGAGCUGAUCGGCCAGCUAAAGCCUAUGUUUCAUGGCAUCAAGUGGACUUGCAGCAAUGGGAACAGCAGCUCUGGCUUCUCAGUGGAGCAGCUAGUGCAACAGAUUCUGGACAGCCACCAAACUAAGCCACCUCCCCGGACUCACAACUGCCUCUGCACGGGCACCCUGGGUGCAGGGAGCAGUGUGCACCACAAAUGCAACAGCGCCAAACAUCGCAUCAUCUCCCCGAAGGUGGACCCUCGCUCAGGAGGCUACAGCAGUGCUCACUCUGAAGUCCAGAACAACGAUGUGUCGGAGGGGAAGACGGAGCACAGCGCCCACGGCGGAGGCAAAAGCUCCGGUGGAGGCGGAGGGGGCAGUGCCAGGGAGAAACGCAACGGCAAAGUCCACAAGCCCAUCCUGCUGCACCAGAACAGCACCGAGGUGUCGUCCACCAACCAGGUGGAGGUCCCUGACACCACGCAGAACUCCCCCGUGUCCAUCAGCAGCGGCCUCAACAGCGAUCCGGACAUGGCCGACAGCCCCGUGGUGACAGGGAUGAGCCACGUGGCCUCCGUCAUGUCUGGCUUGUCUCAGAGCGUCUUCAUGUCUGAGGUCACUGGAGACCCUGUUUACAGCAUGUCUCCUACUGGGGGUCCCAACACUCACCUGAUGGGUGCAGAUGCCACCUCACAGGGCAUGGUGCUGUCUGUGGGCUCUGAUCGUCACAAAUUUGCCUUCCCCGGUGGAGGAGUGGGAGAGCCUGGGACUAACGCGGCGGGAGACAGUAUGUCCAUGAUGUCUUCAGCGGGGGUCUCUGAGGAGCUGGUGCUCUCCAGCAGUCUGGAUGCUGGAAGCAUUAAGAUCCCAGAGACCAAUAUGAACUUUGACCCUGACUGCUUCCUGAACAACCCCAAACAGGGCCAGACCUAUGGAGGCAGUGCAAUGAAGAUAGAGGGCAACUCUUCCUCAACCUCAUCUUCCUCCGGUGGCAGCAGUUGCAACGGGAGCAUGCAGCGCUCCCCCGCCAUGUCAGACAAUGGCUACACCUUCAGCUCAGCUAUGGUAAAGAAUAUCAAGAUAGAAGACACAUCGUUUGAGCAGCAGCUGGCCAAGGAGAGUGGCUACCAGGUGGGUCCGGUAGUGAGCUGCGGGGGCGGGGUCUCUGUGUCAUCUGGUGCUGGUUCGGGCCAGGGUAACCUUACUCUGAAUACGGCGGGCUCCAUGCUUCCUUCUGGUGGGGGUCUGAGUCCCAGCACCACCCUUGAGCAGAUGGAUUUCAGUGCUAUUGAUGCCAAGCAAGACUAUUCUUCCAACGCUGCCACCGUAAACUAUGGUCAGGCCAUGUCCAGUCCUCACAUGCAACACCAGAGUCGUUCACCCAGCUUCUUCCUGCAAGAUUCUUCCCAGACCGGACAGGGCCAGCAGGGAAGGCCCAGCAUGGGUCAGAAAACACAUUUGAUGGAGCACAAUUCCCAUGACUCUGGAGCGUAUAUGGGGCUGCAAGUGGUGAAGACGGACUCCCCUGGCAGUAACGGCCACAUCCACCACCACCAUCAGGCCCACCAGCACAGGCCCAACUGUAAUGGAGGCUCCCCCGCAGAGGGGGGCGGUCAGGCUGGCUCUCUCCAGCUGCUACAGUACCAGGGGGGCUAUCCUGGGCUGGGUGCUGAGCAUGAGGAGGUGGUGGGUCUAGAGCAACAAGGCAAUGUGAAUUCAGCUCAGGCUGGAGCCACUGAGAAUGGAGCUGAGAAUCUACUCAAGCCAGGAGACCACAUCCAGGCCUGCGGGACAGGAAACGGAGAGGGAGCAGAGCACUACCUGCAACAGGCCUCGGAUGGAGGUGGAGGAGGGAAUGGAGGUGCUGGAGAAGGAGUAGUAAUGCAUAAUGGUAACAACAAUAGUGAUGGCAGCAACCGCUCCCAGCAGCAACAGCAGCUGCAGCCCCUCCUCCAGGGCACCAGUAUGGUCCAGGGACUCUACAACGCUGUCGGAGCCCACCAGGGCCUCGUUGGAGCGGCCAGUAAUGGCGGAGCAGGAGGGACAGGCAUGGAGAUCAGCCUGGAUCACUUUGACAUCUCUUUUGGUAACCAGUUCUCUGACCUCAUCAAUGACUUCAUCUCAGUGGAUGGAAGUGGAACCACCAUGUCAGCUGGUGGGGCCCUAUAUGCUCACCAGCUGGUCCAAUCCCACAGUUCAGAUAGUCAAAACACCGCCGGUGGGCCCCCUCAGCAAGGCCAGGAAGAUGGAGGGGCCAGGAGCUCUGGCUACAGCCCCUCGGAGCUCUGCCUUCAGCCCUGCUGCAGCCCCCAGUCUCUGAGUGCUGGGGCUGGAGGAGGGGGAAACACCGGAGAGCCGGGCUCAUUGUCCUACAUGAAUGUAGCAGAGGUGGUCUCUGCAGCUGUAGCCCAGGGGGCUCUGGGGAUGCUUCAGGCCACAGGCCGGCUCUUCCUGGUCACUGACUACUCCCCGGAGUGGUCCUACCCUGAGGGUGGAGUUAAGGUGCUGAUCACUGGGCCUUGGCAGGAGGCCAGCUCCAACUACACCUGCUUGUUUGACCAGAUCUCAGUCCCCGCUUCUCUCAUCCAACCAGGAGUUCUGCGCUGCUACUGCCCAGCUCACGACACGGGUCUGGUGACGCUACAGGUGUCCGCCAGUAACCAGAUCAUCUCCAACUCGGUGGUGUUCGAGUACAAGGCCCGCGCUCUUCCUUCACUGCCUUCAUCUCAGCACGACUGGCUCUCGCUGGAUGAUAACCAGUUCAGAAUGUCUAUCCUGGAGCGCUUGGAGCAGAUGGAGAGGAGGAUGGCGGAGAUGGCCAGCCACCAGCAGUCGAGCAGUGCAGGGAGCGGCGGAGCUGGGGGAGGAACAGGGGGAGGGGGAGGAGGAGGAGGAGGGGGAGGAGGAGGUGGAAGCAACAACAACAACAGCCAGUCACAGUGUUUAUCCGCUCAGACGCAGGCCAGCAGCUCCUUUGAGAGCCGUGUGGUGGUGGUCUGUGAGAAGAUGAUGAGCAGAGCUUGCUGGGCCAAGUCCAAACAUUUGAUCCACUCCAAGACCUUCAGAGGCAUGACGCUCCUUCACCUGGCUGCAGGCCAAGGCUACGCCACCCUCAUCCAGACACUCAUCAAGUGGCGCACUAAACAUGCUGAUAGUAUUGAUUUGGAGUUAGAAGUGGACCCUCUCAAUGUAGAUCACUUCUCCUGCACACCCCUGAUGUGGGCCUGUGCACUGGGUCACCUGGAGGCAGCAGUGGUCCUGUAUAAAUGGGACAGACGUGCCCUAGCUAUCCCAGAUUCUCUGGGUCGCUUACCCCUCUCAAUCGCCCGAUCUCGUGGCCAUACCAAAUUGGCUGAAUGUUUGGAGCAGCUACAAAGGGAAGAGCAGCAGUCACCAGCCCCUCUACCACCCACACCUCGCAUGUCUUUCUCUCCCGCCCCCGAAGCCCCCACCACAGACAGCUGGAUGGUCAGCUGGGCAAACAACAGUGGAGUGGCACCUAGCGGCAAGAAAGGGUGUCCUGCCACAACAACAACAACAGCAUCCAGCGCCACAAGCCUCAAUCCAGACUUGAGAAGACCAAGGUCAGAGCCCUCCAACUACUACAGCAGCGAGUGCCAAAGAGACCUCCCGCAAGCUAAAAAGCAUAAACCCAACCCAGAACUGUUUCAGAAUCGGCCUGACAAGGCCAUGUCUGUUCCUCUGAGCCUGGAGCAGCAACAGCUCCACAAGCUGUCCUCUAGCCCGAAGAGCCUGUCGUCAGAGGGCCUUAGCUCAGAAAAGGGCCUGUCUACAGGAGGCAGCACAGGGACAACCAGAUGGACCUCCAGAGAGAGUUUCUCCAGCAGCGGCAUGGGGAGGAAGGCGUCGGGGGUCAGUGGAGGCAGCAGCCUGGGGAAGGAGAAGCUGGUCAACCGGUUGCGUCAGCGGGAACAGCUAGGCAUGCUGGUGAUGGCUGACAGAGAAAUGGCUGAUGCAGAACUGUUAUCCUAUCGGGAAGAUCUGGAGAACCAGGACUGUCUCACACAGAUGGAUGACCUGCAGGCCAAUAUGAUGACUCUGGCAGAGCACAUCAUUGAAGCAACGCCAGAGAGAAUCAAAAGGGAGAACUUCACCGCAGUGGACUCUGUGCCCUUAGACACGUCAGGGGUCACCAACACCAUGAACUGGCUGGCUAACUACCUUGGAGACGUAGAACAGUUGCCAAGCAUCCUACACCUGAGAUCUCUGUAUAAUGAACCCCUGACCCCAUCGUCCAACCCCAGCCUCAGUCCUGGGGGGUCUCCACUGAGAGAGGGGCCCCUGGAAAGGUCUACUCUCCCCUCCCCUGCUGACUGGAGUGAGUUCAUCAACGCCUCCAACAGCAAGGUGGAGCGAGACCUGGCCCAGCUGACUCUGUCUGACCCCGAGCAGAGAGAGCUGUACGAGGCCGCCCGCCUAGUCCAAACUGCCUUCCGCAAGUACAAGGGGCGGCCGCUCCGAGAGCAACAGGAAGUAGCUUCUGCUGUCAUUCAACGUUGUUACAAGAAAUACAAACAGCUAACAUGGAUAGCCUUGAAGUAUGCACUUUAUAAGAAGAUGACGCAGGCCGCCAUCCUUAUCCAGAGUAAAUUCCGCAGCUACCACGAGCAGAAGAAGUUCCAGCAGAGCAGGAAGGCUGCUGUGCUCAUUCAGCAAUACUACCGCAGCUAUAAGGAGUUUGGCAGGCUGAAGCCCCACCACCGCGGGGCGGCUGCUGCCCUGGUGCAGCACAAACUGAGAGGUAGUCUGCUCACAAAGAGGCAGGAUCAGGCUGCCAGGAAGAUCAUGAGGUUCCUACGUCGCUGCCGCCACAGCCCCUUGAUGGACCAUAGACUGUUCAAGCGGGGUGAAAGAAUUGAAAAGGGCCAGGGAACAUGAGACCCCUCAGAAGAGCCCCCUCACCAUUUGACAUCACUCUCCUGUCUCCUCUUUUCUGUUUUUGUUUGUACCCGAGACAUUUUACAAGAAAAAUGGAAAAAAAAACAUCAAUGCAAGCACUGCAAUUAUUACUACUACUGCAGUGUUACCGGUUCAACUUCUAAUAUGUACAACAGCAUUUUUUCACAUAUCUAUUCUUUCCACUGACUUGGUUUUUGACGGAGAGUGGCAACUUCUACGGGAUUAUAAACUAAAAGGGUCGGGGUGGGGGGUGCAAAACAUUUGCUUCAUGGCAUUUUUUGCACUUUUUCAUGGAUUGCUUUGUCUUUUUCGAAUAUAUGGAGAGGUUUUGGACGAUGAAGGAAGCAGGACAUGCGUGCGGAGGUCUGUCAAACGCGAGGACCUCAAGAGACGUAAAUUAAGACUGCUGCAGAGGAUCUCAGAGGAUAGUGAGACCACGCAGAAACACUCUGGGCUCUUAUUGUGUUUCAUAAUUUUUUAAGUGACCAAUCAAUUCAUUUGAAGAAGGAUUUUUUUUAACCAAAUACAUUGGUCACCCACACUCCCACUUCUUUCCACUGCUGUAGAUGAAAUGAUAUUCAAUUUAGCUCAACAACUCCUGCUGUCCCACUGUGCUCUACCCCACCAGUCUGCCCGCACGGGUGGAGCUACAAAUGAAUGUAGUCCGGGGUUUAACCAUUACGAAGCAGAUGGGUGAUAAAAUAUUUCUCUUUUGCCAUUUCUUAAAGAAACCCUAUGCUUUAUCGUAUAUAUUGUCACUUUAUUACUUGAAUUUGUUCCAUACUGUCCAAUGUAUUUGUUCCAUCAUGUCCAAUGUAUUGGUGAUCUGUAUCCUCAGACUCUAUGUUGUUGAAUCCUACCAAGAAAAGAUGCAUGACUUCUUGGCAAGAAAAGUCUUUGCUUGUGUGAUUAUGGUCUAGUCUUUCAGCCUAACCUCUGAUGUUCUCUUUUGUUUCCAUCUUCUCCCUCAUGAUUUCGAUCAUAUCAGUAUUGAAGCUAUCCCUGUAUUGUCCUGUUUCUUUUUAUUUGUUGAUUGAUCCUCUGAAACCUAACAAGAGAAAAGAACUUGCCUAUUUUGUGUUGUAAUGGUUAUGGUCAUGCAGGUUAUUAAUGUUCUUUUUAAAUGAACUUCAGAGCCUGCGAAGGCUGUUGAGGGGAAGAUCACAUACAUUGCCUUGACGUCUUAGAGAUUCUUUGAGGGGUCCCUAAGCUUGUCCCAAAAUAGGGGUUUGACAAAUCCAUAUUUUUGACAAUUGAGCGAUUUCUGUAUAUAAAGAAGGCUGAAAGUACGUAGGAAAAAACAUUUACCCGAAGGGGAUUGUAUUUUAGAAAUAUAUUAUUUUAUUCAUUAAAAAUGGGUCAAAAACAGGUACGAGACAAAAACAGAAUAUUUGUAUAGUUUUGUUUGAAUGCCUAAGAAGUAUGGUUGUAUUGUUUGUAAAUAGUGUAAAUACCUGGGAUAAAAAUGAGCUAUGUGCAUGAAAAGUAUGAACAGAGUCAAAAGGGAAAAAACAACAAAAGCAGUAGUGGCUAUGCUCUGUAAAAUUAAACUAUUUCACUAUUAGAGUAUUUUAUUUUAUUUUGAUUGUUCUUGAGAAGAACAUUUCUGCUAAAGCAUGAUAUUAUUGCAAUAUAAAAAAACUACAAAAAAAUGUAUUUAGAGUUAGGAGAAGUCUGCAAAAUGAUCUUAAAACAAGUAUGGUUAUGUUUACAUUUCUUUUGUUUUGUUUUGGGCUACCAAGAAUCUUUUGCCAAUGGUGCCGAGGUAUGGGAAUGCUAUAUAGCUUAAGAAGAGAAUUAAGUUAAUUUU